AUGGCCGCCAACAUCCCCCAGUUCCCCAAUGGCCAGAUGGCUAUGCUGCAGCAACAGCAACAGCAAGCCCAACAACAGGCUAUCGCAGCGAAUCAACAAUAUAUGAACGUUUUCAUUCUCAAUAAUCUCAGAGGAUCCGGCACGAAUCUCCCGGGGACAUGGCAAGCCCAAAUUCCUCCCCAGCAGCUUCUUAGCGAGCGUUUUCAAAAGACGCAUAUCCUAUACACCAACAUCAUGCUUGCCAGCAACGGCGGUGACCCCCAGCGGUGCGCCGUCGCGGCACUGAACCUUGAAAAACAAAUAUUUCAGAACGCCCAAGAUAAGGCAUCGUAUGAUCAAGCAAUGGCAGCGAAAAUCUCUGAAGUAAUGAAGCGUCGAGAGAGCAAUGGCCCUGCUCUGCAAAAUCAGGUGAUUACGGAUGCUCAGAGACAGGCUCAGAUUCAGCAACAAAUUCAACUGGCACAGGCCCAGCAGCGCCAGCAGCAACAGCUGAUGCUAAACAGAAUGGCUGCGCAAGGCCUGACUCAACCGCCACAACCUGCGUUUCAACCCAUGCAGAAUCCGGGCCAGGUCCCCGUGAUCCCCCAACAAAUGGGCAUCAACGUGGCCGUUCCGGGCAUGCUUCCCAACGCUCCGAGUCAACCCCAGCUCGCUAUGCAGAUGGGACAACCCCGCCCAGGAGCCAUCCCGGUCGAUCUCAAUCAGCUGUCAAACCAAGACAGAAUGCGCAUCCACGAAGAGGUGAUGAGGCGGGUCAAUUCGACAACAGAAAAUUCUAAGAUGCAAAUACGACAGCUGAUGCAGCAAAGGCUGACGCCUGCCCAGAUCAGCGAGGCUAAUGCCAGCGGCAAGGACCUGGUCUACCUCUACUUCCAGAACCAGGUCGUCCAGGUUUUCCGGGCCACUAUGUUACAGGCGCAGCAGAAAGCCCAACAGGUUGCUCAAGUUCAGCAAGCGCUGCUGAUGCAGCAGCGUCAAGGCAUCCAGGGCGCUGGCAUGCCGGGGGUUCCUCCUCAAGGCCAGGUGAAUCCGGCCCUGAUGAACGCCCUGGGGCAGCAACCGGCCAUCUCAGACGCCCCCAUGCUCGGCCCGAAUCUGACGAACGAGCCGCAGAUGGGUUUGUUGGCACAGCAGCCCGGCCAGAUGAUUGUACCGACAAACCCAGCUGCCGUUCCUGGCCGGCCUGUGACAGCGGGUCCGCAGUUGGGUGCCAUCCCCCCACAGCCCACUCCGGGUAAUCCCCAAGCGCCGAACCAGACCCCGCGGCCCGGCCAGCUGCAGCAGCCGUUCGGUAUGCCGCAGGUCAACAACCCGGCCGCCGCUGCGGCUGCAGCGGCUGCAGCUGCAGCGGUUCAGCAACCCCCACAAGCUCAGCCAGGCAUGCGCCCUCCGGGCCCCCGCACCAUGCCCGGUCAGCCAGGCGCCAUCACGACAGUGGCAGGGCCCCAGCCCACUUCUCAAAGUCCCGCCAUGAACACGCUGAACGCCCCGAUGCGGCAACCUCCUGUCGCCAUGACUCAGGCUACUACGCAGCCUGUCAACCCAGCAAACGCUCCCAUGGCCGGUGCGACCCUCAACGCGCAGUUCAAUCACCAGAACAACGCGAGACCUCUAUCCAUGCAGGGCAAUAUGAACAACCAGGCCAUGGCGGGGAUGGGUGCUGCCGCUAACAUGAACGCUAAUAACAACCCUAUGAAAGAGUUCAUGGCGAGGCUGCAAGAGCAACAGCGGGCCACGGCCGCUGCCGGCUUUCAAGGUCCCAAGCCGGGCCAGGUGAUAGGAAUGCCAGGCCAAUUCCCGGGUGGUCCCAUGAAUGCUUUGAACCAGCCAGGCAUGUUCAACCAAAAUUCAAAGCCCAACGCUAUGGUUCCUCCCACGGCUCAAGCAGCCGCGCUACAGCAGCAACAGCAGCAGGCGAAUGCUGCUGAUAUGGCCAAUAUCUACAAGAUCAUUCAGACCCCUCAAGGCCAGAAUAUGAUGAACAACAUGGAUAUUCACCAGAUGAUCCUUCAAGAAAUCAACAAGCAUCUGGGCGGCAGGCUACCUCCCAAUAUCACGAAGUGGGCCCACCUGCGCCAGUUCUUGGCUGCUCAGCCCAAUGCCCUCCCCAGCGAAAUCGUUCAAAGGAUCAUGAGCUACCAGAUUCUCCAAUUCAAGAACUUUUGGAAGAGGGCUAGUCAGCCAAAUGCGGUUGGUGGCAUCCCUCAGCCUGUUUCCAAUGUGCCCGUUUCGCAGUUUGCUGGCAUGAAUCAGCCUGUCGCCCCUCCGCCUGGAGUCCAAGUGCCCCAAAGCAUUAGCCAGGUGUCCCCGCAAGACAUAGAAGGUCUGCGCAAGAACCCCAAGUUUGCGAACCUCACAGACGACCAACUAGCAGAGUGGAUCCGGAAAGUCAAGCAGCAGAGCUUCAUUAAGAAAGCAUGGGAGAUCCACAACAACCAGUCGAAUGCUGCCCAGAACCAGGCGACUAACAGCUCCCUGAUCGGGCAGCAGAAACCGGGCAUGACGGUGCCACCGACCCCGACUACGGCGCAACCGACCUCCUCCGUUGUGCAGACGGCCCAGUCGAGGCCUCAAGGCCCUCAACCUACGCCGACUCCUCAGGGUCCCCAGGGCGUCCAGCCUCAGGCUGCACAGCCUAAGCCCACGCCGAGCCCGGCAGCCAAUGUUACCACCGCUCCUCCGGCUACGACUGGCAUGUCCGCUGCUUCGGUGCAAGCUGCGAAUAUCCGGCCUUCGAUGCCUCAGCAGCAACAACAACCGGCGCCACAGCCUCAGGCACCGCAGCCGCCGCCGCCACAGCAGCAGCAGCAGCAGCAGCAGCAGCAGCAGCAGCAGCAGCAGCAGCAGCAGCAGCAGGUGCCACAGCCGCCCCAGAACUCUCGGCAAGCACCCAUGGAUCCUUCUCCCGCCAUGGCUACCAAAAGCCUCAAGAGGCCGAGUCCCGAUGAUAGCGCAGAAGACACGCCUGCUCAGCAAAACAUCACUCCCAUGCAGCGCGCGCCUUCUCAGGCUGCUCAGGUCGCCCCCAAUGCUCCGAAUGCGGCUUCCGGCGAACCACCGAAGCUCUCUCCUGAGUUGCAGAAGCUCAGAAACCUGGCUUCAGAGGCACAGCUGGAAGUAUCUAAGGAGCAUUUGCAGCCAAUCCUGAUGACGCCGGCUGACCAGCAGGAGACACGCGAGAAGAUCGCCCAGGUAAAGCUAAAAAUGAAUCAGAUCCGGAGCAUGGGCCUGCUGCCCAAGUGGUACUACCUGACCAACGAUGAUAAUCGGGCUCGCCAAUUCUUCAGAGGGCGCUUCAAGGUGGUCAAGCAGUUCACCGACGGUGAGGCCAUGACUCAGCUUCGCGAUACCUUUACGAUCACCAAGGAAGAGCUCAACCAGUACGACAACCUCCUGGGCAGCAUGCUGCGUGAUAUGAUGAUGUCUAGGGUCAACCAGCAGCAGGCCGCUAUGAUGAACCAGCAGCAGCAGACCCAGCAACAGACGACGCAACCGACCCCCGCGACUCUGGCGAAUCAGCAGGCCGCCGCUCUACGACAAGCUCAGCAGCGCGUGGCUCCUCCUCCGCCCAAGCCUGUCCAGCAGCCUCCUGCGCAGCAGCAGCAACCUCAUCAGCCUGCUCAACCUGCUCAACAGCAAUUUCAGCCAGGUGUCCAACCGACUCCGGCCCCCGCUCCCGAGUACUUUGGCGAUCAGCGCCUGACGGCCGCCAACUUGGUGCUGCCGCCAAGGAAGAAGCCCAAGGUUAGUGGGAACCAAACAUCACCGUCUGCCAACCAGCAGCUUGCUGCUGGCUCGCCCCAGGUGCAAGCCCUUUCGCCGGUUGCCACACGGAAGCCAGAGCCGCAGGUUAAGCCCCAGGCCCAGAUCCCGCAACAGCAGCAGCAGCAGCAACAACAACAACAACAGCAGCAGCAGCAGCAGCAGCCGCAAGCGCCGCCUGCUCCGCAGUUCAAGUGCCCCGAGCCGGGUUGCACCAGCUUGGUAGCGUUCCCCUCGGAGGAAGCGCUCAACGCGCACCGCCAGGAGGAGCACCUCAAGCCGGCCGAGAACCCGCUGGCCUUUAUGCAGGAGCAGAUGGCGUCGGUGCUGGCGCUCGAUGCGCAGGGUCGCGCUAAGGCCUCUCCCAAACCUAGCGGCCAGGACGUCUCAACCCCUGUUCCGACGGCUCCGCCCAUGAGCGCGAGCCUCUCCAAGCAGGGCCAGACGCCUCGGCUGCAGGCUGCGACGCCUAUGUCGCGCAACCUGUCGAUGCAGCGCCAGGGCAGCGCUAGCGGCGGCAAGCCUGGGGAGAAUAUGCCUACGCCUGGUAAGUCCGCUGGUGGUAAGGGCAAGGAGGGUGCUACCCCGCAGCAGAUGGAGGAUGUUUGGCCCCAGGGCACGAUUGACCCCGCGAAUCUGUUCGCCAACCUUGGUGGUACGCUGGACGCCGGUACUGCCACCAUCUCGGGCAGCAUCAUUACGGACUUUGCGGCUUACCGCUCGUCGACGCCGAAGGAUACCCCCGAGUCGAGCUCGUCCAGCAAGGAUAGUGGCGUGUCGGAGCCGAACAGUGAUAUUAAUGAGAAUGCCAACCUCGAGAUUGACCUGUUCUGGAGUAACAUUGACGAUGGCCUGCUGAUGGAUAUUAAUAACAUCUCGAUGGAUGGCGCGGCUGGAUCGAUGGGCGGCUCGAGUGGUAACGCGGGCGGGCUGGUCGAUAUUUCGCAGUUUGUGGAGGAUCCCUGGGGCGUGGACUCGGCGAAUUUUUCGCUGGAUGACUUUGGGAGGGAGUUGGAUAAGGGGUUUGGGUUCUUGGAUGGGACUUUGGGGGAGGGACAGCAGGAAAGUGGGCAGGGGCAGGGGCAGGGGCAGCCGGAGGUUAUGGUCAUUGAGUAA